CCAGAAACCAAAGUAGGGACAUCAUCAUCAUCAGAAACCUGGAAAUUGUCCCUUUCCCGAUUGUAGUACCAGGUCCUAUCUACGUUUCCUUGGACAUCGAGUUUACACAAGCACUAAACCGGAACCUGAGUGUUGAAGUCAUCAUCCGUAAAAGGGUUCUAUCGAGAUGGACACGUCUUCCUUGCAACAACCGGUUACCAUG